CUCACGGUUGGAUUUGCAGUGCGUUUCUAAACAUCAGACAGCUUGUCCGAUUUACAGGAGAACUCAAAACACCUGUAAGAUGUCUUUGAAAGGGAUCCUGAAGAUAUUUAUGAUCAUCUUCAACAGUGCAAUCUUUUUAGCAGGAGCUGCGGCUGUGGUCAUUGGCAUUUUGGCAAAAAAGCAUGCAUUUGGAUUGCUGAAAACCAUUAAAGACAAUGCCACAGAUUUAACAGGUCUGUCUAAUGCCAACUACGUGCUGAUCGCUGUUGGGGCCGUACUCGCCCUCAUGGGCUUCCUGAGCUCCGUGAGCUUCCUGGGCGUCUGUAAAUCCGACUCCCAGAAUAAGCGCAAGCUUCUGAUUUUUUUCAUCGUCAUGCUCAUUGUGUUGAUCAUGGAGGUGGUUGCAGCAGUGUACAUUCUGUUUCACAAAUCUAAGGUGGAGAAACUGUUGCAGGAUAUUCGUGUAAAUGUUGGUAAUCUCAUCAAGGUGAACUACGGUGAAAACAACAUGUUCACCUCUGCGUGGAAUCAGAUGAUGGCUUUGAUUAAAUGCUGUGGAUACAACAGCUACGAGGACUUCACUGGCUCCCCGUAUGUAAACAAAAACUCACUGUACCCCCAGUUCUGCUGCUCGCCAGCAUCUGUACAGUGUUUUGAAGGAACUGCAGCUUCACAGAGUGUGCACGGCUGUUUGGAUACUGUGGUGAAUUUGGUGAAAGAUAACAUUGCUUCGGUAGUGGGCGUGGCUAUUUGUGUCAUUGUUAUAGAGGUUGCUGUGAUGGUCGUGUCCAUGAUACUGUACAAGAGGUAAACCUGGAAACCUGCACAGUACACUGUGACCUCUCACAUCGAACAGGAUACAAUAAUAAAGUCUGAAAUUACCUUGGUACAAAAUUAUACAUAUUCUGUCCCACAUGUUAUAGCCUCCAAUGAGUACAGAAAAGAGUCUUUUUUUAGUGCAUUUGUAAUCCUGUAUGUUUCUUUAAUAACUUUGUACACUUCUAUAGGCCAGUGAAUAAAGGUUUUAUAUUGUAGAUACAUAUAGUUUUAUGUUUGUUCGAGUGUAUCUUGUUUGCCAAGAAACUUCUGCAUAUGGACGAAUGUGACGCCUCAAGAGCCGUUUGUUACAGCUGUAAUUACAAAACAAAAACCAUUGAAGACUACAUAAUUUAGAGAAUACAAAAUUGGAAAUAAAUAUUCCAUAUUAUGUAAGGGCUGGACAAAAUUCUUUUAAUUGAUGAAUUUUAAAUGUAAGUUUUCAAGGAAGCAAAGUGGAGCAAUUUUAGACACAUUACAUGAAUCACUAUUGAAAACCACUAGAUAGCGAUAAUGCACAAUACACUGGGGUGUAUGUGUGUGUGUGCGCCACCUGCUGUAGAAGAUGAAGGAUGUCUGUCUAAAAUGCCGGAUGUGAAUAAACCUGACUAUCAUGAAAUUGUGGAUUUCAAUUAACUUACGUUCUUAUUGAAGUCGUCUACUCUCACAAACCUGAAAAAAACCUUGUUUUUUAAAAAAUGCAUUCUGCCAUUAAAAAACAGUACUCACCUAUAAAUACAGAGAUGACGAUUAGUGCGUAGUGGACAUCUAGUUAUUUCAAAGAAUGCUUGGACCCCAUUGAUUGCUGAGUGCAGCUAAAUUAGUUUGUAUCUGUAUGAGGUGUAAUGUUAAUACUUCAGUACUCACCUUUUUACCUGUGUGUUACUUUAAAGUACUCUACUGUACUUUUGCCUGAAAAUGAUUCAAGCUUAGUAGUGAUAAGUAAGCAUCAUGUUAAUAAAAGAUGUUGAUAAAACAGUUUGUAGCACAGAGUCUUAAUAGGAAAUCAGUUAAUUGUCUGAUUGGUCGUGCCCUGUUCCAUCAAUUAAAAUAUUUUUGGUUUUAUUAAACACCCUAAACUUUAACAUGUUCUUAAUUCAGCGUCAUUGUAGAGGCUUCGCCUCGCUCUUUGAAGAAACAGUUGAAAAUCUUAUUGGAAGCUAUAAGCCAGUGUUCUUGCAUCAUAAAAUGUAAGAGCCAAUCAUGUUUCAGUAUGCAAAUGCAGGUUAUGAUGCAGUACCGGUUUACCAAGGAAAGGGGAUGUUGUUUCCAUGUGGCAGAUUCACACAACAUUGGUUUGGUGAGGACACGGAGAUUCUUAUACACUUACAAGCCAUGAUAUUAAAACCCCUGGCAGGUGAAAUGAAUAACACUGGUUACAAUAGCUCCUUUCAAGGGGUGGGAUAUAUUACACAGCAAAUGAACAGUCAGUCCUCGAAGUUGAUGUGUUGGAAGCAGGAAAAAUGGGCAUUGUUGUGCCCAUGCUGAGCCUUGUCCACCUCCAGAAGCGCCAACACUGGGCACGUGAGCAUCAGAACUGGAGCAUGGAACAAUGAAAGAAGGUGGCCUGGUCUGAAUGAAGGAAUCACAUGUCCUUUUACAACAUGUGGAUGGCCAGGUGUGUGUGCGUCGCUUAUCUGGGAAAGACCUGGUACCAGGAUGCACUAUAGGAAGAAGGCAAGCCGGUGGAGGAAGUUUGAUGCUAUGGGCAACGUCCUGCUCUUAAACCUUGGGUCCUGGCGUUCAUGUGGGUUUUAUUUCGACACGUACCACCUACCUACGGUUCAGUCCAUCUCAAGUACUCAAAUAAUUGUAAAGUUGGUUGCUUGGGCGUUUUUAAUUUUUCAGAUUUCUUUGAGUGAUUAACCAAUAAACAUUUUGUACAUUCUUGUUCCUUCUUGUCCUAAUGUAACGCUCAAGAUUGCUCACAGUUCCACGUUUAGGGUCAAUGUAUAAUGGGAAGGGUCUUAGUCUUAAUUUUUUAGGGGGUACUUAUUAAGAAUAGUGUGCAUGCAGAUCAUUUCAGGGUUUUUUAUUUUAAAUUUUUAUGAGGGCAAGACAUUUUUGAAAGCAGCAGUAAAUGACGAAUGAGCUGUAGACACAUUCACCAUAAAAGAACACCGCAGCUCUGUUUAUGAGAACGUCCCACAAGAGUCGAACCUGUUCGUGGCUUAACACCCUUGUUUUAAGGAAAUGACCAGCCUAGCACCAA